AUGGCACCCUCUCUUCACCCUCUGAUCGAUAACGGCCUCACCAAGGGCAGCGAGAACUUCCCCGGUGGAAAGCUGCAUUGCCACUGCCCCACCAACAAAGUCGAGGUCACCAUCACCGGCAACGUCCUUCACAACCACGCCUGCGGAUGCUCCAAGUGCUGGAAGCCAGCCGGCGCUCUCUUCUCCGUCGUCGGUGUCGUUCCCGUUGCGAACCUCGCCGUGACGGCCAACGGGGACAAGCUGAAAAUCGUUGACGAGAGCGCUGCUAUCCAACGUCACGCCUGCAAGCAAUGCGGUGUCCAUCUGUAUGGCCGCAUCGAGAAAGAGCACGGCUUCAAGGGACUCGACUUCAUUCACGUCGAAUUGUCAGAUGAGAAGGGAUGGCAGGAACCCCAGUUCGCGGCGUUCGUUUCGUCGAUCAUUGAGCAGGGCUUCAAUCCUAAGGAUAUGCCCGAGGUCCGCAACAAGUUCCACAGUGUUGGCCUGGAGACGUACGACGUCUUGUCGCCGGCGCUCAUGGACGCUCUCUCAACAUAUGCCGGUCAGAAGUCGGGAGCCUUGAAGCUGUAG